AUUAUUGGCAGAUCUGAAGAGAUCUCGUCUCAGUGAUGGAAUACCACCUGGACGAGGAUUAUCGCUCGCUGAUUUUACCCCUGAUUUCACUUCGACGACAGAACGAUUUCGACGAUUGAAUAUCAUUCCGUUUGUUGCUGACGAUUAUUUAAACACUGGCGGAGUUUUCGACAAAUUGUACGGUGAAUUUUCGAGUGUUAAGGGUUUCAAGAGCGAAGAUUUCGAGGUUCUUGGACCCAAGAUGUCCACUUCAGUCUCACGCGAAAGAUGGGACGUGCAGGCGUCGGAGAUCGCGAGGUGCACUCACAACCCCAUAAGAUCUAUUGUGGAAACCCUCGUCGUCGAACCCAACCCUGCUAAAUCCAUGAUUUCUUUAUCCAUAGGUGAUCCAACAACUUUUGGCAAUUUGAAACCACCCAAAGAAGUAUUUAACGCUGUCCAAGAGAGUCUCCGUUCGCAAAUGUACAACGGAUAUGCACCAAGUACAGGUUAUCAGAUUGCAAGAGAAGCUGUCGCAGAAUAUAGUUCCAGUGAAUUUGUGAAGGUGGAUGCUAAGGAUGUAAUAUUGUGUAGCGGAUGUUCCUGUGCCCUGGAUCUUUGUAUAACUGCUUUAGCCAGAAGGGAUCAAAAUAUCUUAAUACCACGACCUGGAUUCUCAAUCUAUCGAACAUUAGCAGAGGGUCUUGGUAUUACCGUAAAAUCUUAUGGCUUACGUCCGGACCUUGGCUGGGAGAUCGAUUUGAACGACCUGGAAUCGCAAAUUGACGAAUCGACGGCGGCCAUAAUUAUAAACAAUCCUUCGAAUCCGUGUGGGUCCGUAUUCAGUCGAGACCACACACUUGACAUUCUCGAUGUGGCUGCUCGUUACUACGUACCCAUUAUAGCCGAUGAAAUUUACGAGCACAUGGUAUUUCCAGGACGAACUUUCCAUUCGUUAGCGUCCUUAUCGAGAGACGUUCCUAUUUUGUCGUGCAGCGGUCUAACAAAAAGAUUUCUUGUCCCUGGAUGGCGUAUGGGCUGGAUUAUUAUUCAUGAUCGUCAAAAUGUACUGGACAAAGAGAUACGGAAAGCACUUCACUGUCUCAGCCAGAGAAUUAUCGGCAGCAAUACAUUGAUUCAAGGUGCGCUUCCUGCCAUCCUGAAGAACACGCCUCAGAAGUUUUACGACGAUAUAAUGCGCACGUUGUAUAAUCAUUCGAAGCUGGCUUACAAUUGUAUAACAAAGAUACCUGGUUUGAAACCAAUAAUGCCAGACGGUGCAAUGUACAUGAUGGUUUACAUAGAUCUGCCAUGUUUCCCCGAAUUUAAUUCCGACCUCGAAUUCGUGCAACGAUUGUUAAUGGAGGAAUCUGUGUUUUGUCUUCCUGGCCAGGUACGCCAUUUAAAUCAUAUUUUUCCAUGUUUCAAUUUAUUACGAUCCCAAUUUCUUCUCACAGUGUUUUGAUUAUCCGUCCUAUAUGAGAUUGGUGAUCACAAUACCCGCAGACAUGAUAGAGGAAGCUUGUCAAAGGAUCCAGGAAUUCUGUAAGAGGCAUCACUACAAAACGGCUGAACAUUCGCGAAUAAGUAGCUUCCUUGACGGAGAAAUAUCUUGUUGAAAAGGAAGCAAAUUAGUUUGAUACCAGCUUCCUUUCAACAGUGCUUUCGUUCUAUGAGUCAUAGGAUCAUUUGCGGAUACUCAUGAAAAAGAUCAUUCUGGCCACAUGAAAUGUACGUGAACAAACGAAGAGAAAUGCAGUAGUCGAUGUAGUGCCAUGGACGCAUAGAGAAGUAGAAAACUUUUAAAAUUUGCAAUACAGAAGCAGUUAAAGUGAAUUUUUCAAUGUCCGUAUUGAAAGAAUUCACAAUCACAACGCGAUUCUUAAGGUACGUGUAGUAUAUGGGGACACUUUAAAACCUAGAUCGAGAAAAUAUGUUGUAGGCGAUGUGAAAAGUGAAAACAACUUAAAGAAAAGCAAUUGUGAAACACCAUCUUGUUUUCUAAAUAUCUGUCGCAAUAGAUAAAAGAUUUGUAUGUGUAUUUAAUCACACAUUUACGUGUAACUUAAGAACAAUUUUAUACUUCUAACAUUUAGGCAAUUUUUGAUAUUGUAUUAACGUUAAAAAGUAUAUCGACAUAUCUGGAGAACAAUGUUUUAACGAAAGCGAACAAAAGAUAGUUUCAUUCUUCUUAUUAAAGCUUUUAUGUUUCUUUUAUUAAUCAUUACAUUGAUUAUACACUCGCAUACUUAAAAUAUUGAAUUAGAAGGUAGGUUAUUUGUAGGAAGCUCAUAUUCGCGAAAAUUUUUUAUUCAUAUUUCGCAAGUAGAUUAAAUAUUAUUGCAAUAUUUAAAUAUUAUUUAGAGUAGAUAUUUAAAUAUUAUUGCAAUAUUUCAUAAAUGGGUUUGUUGAGUUCUCGAAACUGAAAUUUUACGGAGUUCCAAGAAUAUUCAGUUAAAAAAGUUUUCGAGCAACAGGAAAAUAAAAUAUCUGGCAUGUCACUGACAUUCGCUCGGCUGACGAGUUACAACGUGUGUAGUGUCAAUGUGAGUUAUAAUAUAGCCUAUAGACGUUUGACAGAUAUUUGUUAGAUUUAAAAAAAUUGUGCUAUUUCAUAUUUCGUCACUUUCCUCUAUAUAUAUUACUUGUACAACAUUUAUACUGCCGACACGUUUCUGCCAAUGUAUAUUUGGUAAGUUGCGAACAAAUUAGAUUUUUAUUGUUUGCUUACAAAAUGCGCAUAGUACACAUCACAAUAUUUGUACAUUGUGGAACGUAGCUACAGCAAUUCUAAAAGAAUUCUAUUAUUUUAACCCUUUGCACUCGAAGAUAAUUUUAUUGUUUGCAAACACCAACUUGAAAAUAUUAAU